CCUGCUGGGGAGGCUUGGGUGGGGCGUUCAAGGUGUGUCGGGAUUAUUGACAGACAGACAGCCAGCCAGCAGCGAGGGAGCAAGUGUGAGCAAAAGGUGCUUAUGGACGCGUAGGAGAAACAGCAGGACUCUUUUCGCCAAACUGUUCAACUCCUAAUCACCACCUGGACGCUUCCUUUUAUUUUUGUGUGGUGGAGGUCUGCCCUUUGCUUUGCGUCAAGUGGACAGUGCAUUUUCUUAAAAAAAAGAUGGCGAAUGCAAUCAUUUUCGUCGCAUGUGUGACGCUGAUCCUAGCCGGAGUCGAGUCGUGCGUUGUCCCGAGCUUGCUUUAUGUCCCAGUGCCUCAAACUAUCCCAACUGGAUACGAGAUAACUAGAGUCAACGUCGCGGACUGUGACGGCGUCGUUUCCAGCAACCGCAAUUUCGCGGUUUUGUCCAACGGGUCAGUGGCGGCUAUAACACCCGUCACUGUUCCGUCCGACGGCCAGGUUUUUUACGUCCAGGUCCAGGGCAGCAAUGGACUACAGCUGCGAAUGGACGUCUUCCUUAUCCUCAAGCCCACGUUCAACAGACAGCCCAACGGUGUACUAAAACGGUACAAAAGACGCUGGAGUCCCCCACCCUUCCACAUCUUGGAGAACGAGCAAGGUCCAAGGGACAUUGACAGGCUCGUGUCCGACUCUGAAGCCAGACAUCAGGUAUACUACAACCUCACGGGCCCUGGUUUCGACAAGCACCCAGUGGGAGUGUUCAAGUUUGACAGCUUGUCUGGAAUGUUGACUCUGCUUAAGGCGGUUGACCGUGAGGAGUAUCCGCAGUUUAUUUUAACAGCCAGAGUUUUUGACAGAACAACGCACAUGCAAACUGAUUUACCUUUACCUAUCACCAUCCACGUAGAUGACGUAAACGACAAUGCGCCGCAGUUUCAAGGCUCAAUGCAGUUUACUGUGCUCGAACAGAGCAAAGCAAGGACAUCACUCGGGAAGAUUAACACUACCGACAGAGACCAAGAAGGCACCGACCAUGUGAAGAUCCGCUACUCCCUUUUGACUGGAUUAGACAAAUUUGCCAUCAACCCUGAGACGGGUGACCUCACAGUGGUUACCAAUGCAUUGGACAGAGAGACUCAAGACAAGUAUAGCGUGAGAGUGCAGAUUAAGGAUCGGGACGGCAAAGACUCUGGUUUGAUCACUACAGGCACGGCGACCAUCAUUGUUGGAGACAUCAACGACAACCCGCCGACCUUCACAAAGUCAUCGUUUCAAGGCACAGUCAAUGAGAAUGAAUUUGACAAACUUAUCCUUCGAAUUCCUGUUGAAGAUAAGGAUUUAAAAGACUCACCCAACUGGAAGUCCAAAUUUGUGAUCACUAAGGGAAAUGAAAAUAACAAUUUCCGUAUGGCUACAGACGCCAAAACAAACGAGGGGCUUCUUUACGUCGCAAAGCCAUUAGAUUACGAGAAGACCAAAAAUGUGAGGCUCGACAUCCAGGCCCGCAACGAAGUCGAUCUGACCGGCACUACGGACCAGUGGAGGUCUGUCCCCGUGGACCUGACAGUCACUAAUGCCGAUGAAGGCCCAGAAUUCACAGGGCCUACCAUCCGCUUCAUCGUGAAAGAAAACACACCAAAUGGCACAACAAUUGGAACUUACAAAGCCGUAGAUCCCGAAACCAAGAGCAGUGAUGGAAUCAAGUAUUACAAGGUCACAGACCCCGCUGCCUGGGUCAACGUGGAUAGGAACACUGGAGAGCUGAGAGUUGCAAACACUAUCGACAGAGAAUCUCAUUUUGUCAAGGAUGGACUUUACAACAUAACCAUGAGAGCAAUCGAUGCAAGUUCCAAGACUGGCACAGGGACGGUGAUACUCCAAGUGGAAGAUGUGAAUGACAACAUACCAAUUGUGCCACCUAGCGAGAGAGUGCUGUGUGAAAAGGAAGGAGAACUUGGCUCGGUGCUGGUUGUGGCUGAAGACUUGGACAGGUCUCCAUUUUCGGCACCCUUCACCUUUAGUAUGCCCGCCGACCAUGAUGGAAAAUGGUCUGUGACCAGGUUUAAUGACACAGCAGCUACGUUGCAGCAGCUCAAAGAACUUCCUAUGAAGGUGCACAAAGUUCCUGUGAUAAUUAAAGACCUGCAGGGCAACGGAAAAACGCAGAUAGUGAAUGUUAGGAUCUGCCAAUGCAGGAAUGGGGCUUGCUUGACCAAGCCGUGGUCGGCCUCACUCGGCCCGCUGGGUUGGCUGGCAUUGCUGCUGCCUCUGUUGCUCCUUCUGCUGCUAGUGUUGUUGCUCAUCUUUUUCUGUAAGACAAGGGCAGAAAAUAUUCAGCUGGAGGACACAGCUGACAGUGGUGGAAUCCUGAUCAAAUCAAACACGGAGGCGCCAGGGGAAGAAGUGGAUUCAAGUCUCAUCAAAGUCCCCAUAUCUGGCCCUGACAUCAAGGGCUCGGUGUUGAAUCAGGAUUGGCAGGUGAAGAACUCCAACACACUUGGACGCCAAGACGUUGGCUUGUACAAGGGCGGCAUUGUUACCACUGACAUGCAAGAGUUCUACUCCGGACAGUACGACAGCCAGUAUGGUACUCAACAGCUCAACUAUGACGCAAACUUUCUCAGCAAUUGGCAAACAAAUGGACGCUAUUUGCACCAGAAACUCAGCUAUUUCGGAGGGGAGGAGGAUGGUCGAUAUGCGGAUGAUAUCGUCCACCACUACGGCUAUGAGGGGGUGGGCUCGGCGGCCGGCUCGGUGGGCUGCUGCAGCGACGACGGCGACAACGAAAACCUUGAUUUUUUAAACACACUUGGACCGAAGUUCAAACCCCUUGCAGGCAUCUGCAAGAAGACAUGAACAGUGACAACGGAAAGUAACAGUGUUUCGCUUUUUUUGGUUCCCAGGAUGCAAUAGGGCCUCCUCCCAUGCCACCUGAACAGAAAUGGAAGGAAAGAGAGAGUUGUGUGUGUUUCCCUGCUGCUUUUUCCUUAGUCCUGAGCACUGAUAACCUUUUCGACACUGUCAAAUGUACAUACCAGUUCAUACGCUGUGUGUGCUCUUUGCAUUCUUGGUUUUGCAGGUUGCUGCUAGCUGAUGCAAUCAAUGUAGUGGCUGGCUUUGGGUAUUUUUAUAAUUUAGUAACAACUUCAGGUAUUUUGGGUUUUACUAAUUCCAUGUGUCUAUGGUAAAUGACGUAAGUUGUGCAGAGUGUGGUUGGCUAUUUUUGAAACUGUGCCCCCAAUUUUUUAAGAAUUUUGAUAAUGUUCUAAUAUUAAUAAAUAUGAACUAAUAUUAUUAUACAGUCAACUUAGGCUGUGUUUAUACUUGUUGUGUGGUACACUGGUUCCAACCAAAAAUAAAAAAAUACUUGGUGCGCACUUUGGUGCAGUUCGCUUACCGUGCCACUUUGGUAUUUUUAACGUAGAGCAUAUUUUCAAAAUUAAGGAUGUGAUUGGGCAGCUUCCGUGACAUAUUACAUCAGGGGUCACCAACGUUUUUCCUUGUGAGAGCUACUUUUACAAAAUGAAAAUGGCCAAGAGCUAUUCAUUUUUGUAACAUUUAUUUUCAGAGCUUAUUUUAAACCCAAACAAAGUGAAUAUGCUUGUUUUACCAGAACAUUAACAAAAUGCUGGUGUCCACAACUCACAUUUGGUAUUUCAGAAUGCAUUUCUUUCUACUGUUCUUUCAAUAUUAACUGAAAAUCUGAAUGAAAAGCAGGCUUGGGGGCACCUCAUGUGGUCGUGGGGGGCUACCUGGUCCCCGCAGGCACCACGUUGGUGACCCCUGUAUUACAUGCUAUAACUCAAAUAUUCCAAACCAAAAUGCUGUCUGCCAAGUUGAUUACGUAGUUUAUUUUUAUAUUCUGCCAUAUUUACCAGCUUAGAUUUCACCAAAAGCUUCUAAAAUAUACUUUUAAAGAGCGUGAUUGUCACUUUGAAUGCAUUUUCUCUAACAUAUUUGUCAUUCCUGUAUUCUGGUAACAUUGGUCUAUGUCUGUGGUCAGUGGAGCGUUCACAUUUGAGCUCAAGUGAACCGACCUGCCCGACUUGAGCAAGAACCAUCUCUCAAGUGAUGCUUAACACUGCACAGUGCAUAAUUGGUGCACACGAAGGUUCGGAUGAUGAUGUUCACAGUUGACCAAAUGAACUGCGCUAGCAAAAAGCAAAAAGUUAGUUCAACUGAACCAAACAUGCCAAGAGGGAACGCCCUUAGAGACAUUUGACAGGAAAAUACUUCUUUAGAUUUAAUCUAAUUCAAACUGCAGUCUUUAACAAAAGACUAUAAUCUUGUAUGUUUCUUCCAAACUGUACAAGAUUUGUGGCACAUGCGUUCCAGCCGUGGUCACGAUUAAUGAAUGUUGAACGGGUGUGGUUGCAGCAGCCAUCAGCAGUUAUUGCAACAUUCUGCUAAACAUGUGAAAGUCGGCACAAAGGUGUCAACCCUAAAAGUGAGGCAUGACUGACACAGGACUGACAAGAUGACAGAAGAUGAUUGGUUUCACAGAAAUCACAGGAAAUCUGGCAUUUACAGUACACAUACAUUUGCAAUUGUCCAUGAAUGUGCUAAUCUAGCUUGAAUAUGCACAGGUAGUGUAGAUGUGGCUUAAUUUAUUGCACAUUUGACUCCAACAGGCUGAAUGCUGUUUACCUCAUGUAGUGCUUUGGAGGAUUGUCCUUGCAGCUGUAAAAUAAAUUAUAAA